CGUCCAUGGAAUCGAGACUAUGAUGGUUGUGGACUACCGAAGAACGGCUCGAAAGAGAUGCCAGUGUAUGUACAUAUGUAUGUUGUGCGAUAUGUAACUGUUAUUUACAUAUAUGCGCCAUGCUCAAGCCAGUUUGUUGCCCCUGCUCUUGCCAUUGCUUCCCCUAUGCGUCUUCGGCUUCGUUUUGCUCUCCGCCUUCCCCAGCCUCUUCUGUUGGCGUUUCCAUUUUCACAACCUGAACCCGCGACGCCGAUUCCGUUCCGACUCGAGUCGACUGAGUCCAAUUCGCGCUGCACAGCCGCAGUCGCUGCUUCAGUCACUCGGGGAUUACACCUUGCGCUGCGUUUGCGGAUGUACGCUUUUUAAUUUCGGGCGGCUUAAAAAGUGUAAGCACCCUUGACGGUGACUGCGCCAGGUUUUCACAGAUAAGCGUUCUCUCUUGUUUUAGAUUGCACUCACCACCAAAUUGGAAUUCAUGAGAUGCGACAGCAGUGUGGCAGCGUUUACACCUGGAAUUGCGCCGGGGAGCUCUAUGGCAUUGAAUGCUCUCUGUGCGAGGAGCGGCCAUUAUGCGCGUUCUCCGAAUUCCCGGAGCACAUGGACGUGUGGCACUCCGACUGGCAGGCUUCUGAAGUUGAGGACCAUGACAAUACUUCAACUGAAGCCAUUCCUGAGGAUGAGCUCAUGCAGGAGGUGCUAGCUGAGCAGCGUUCUAAUGGCGAGGAUAAUGAACUUAAGCAACAACUUGUGCAGCAAUUAAAUGCCGUUGAGGAGGCGGCGUAUUUGCGUAAUCCCAGAGAACUAUUGGUAGUUACGGAAGGACCCGGAGAACCUGUCAAAAAUGUUUUUAACAGACCAAAAAAAUUUGAACCAUUUAUUCAAACACCCAUAAAGGUUGCAGAGAUCAGAAAAGAACUUAACGAGCGGCCAUCAGUUCCAGAUUCUACAAUGCAGGAGGUAUCACACGUUGUAGAGGGCCAACGCCUCACUACCCACCAUGUACACCGCCUGAUCGAUUUGUACCGCUCGGAGCCUCGUCUGUGGAACCAGACGCAUGAGCAAUUCCACAACAUGGAGCUCUGCCGCGACUCCUGGCGUCGGAUAACGAAUGCCUGGAGUGCUUAUUGCGGCCGAAGCUUCAGCGUGACGGACGUUCGGAUCCGCGUCUCGACGCUGUGUCAAAGAUUUCUAAAGCAAAGAGAGCGUUUGGAGGCGGACGGUGAAUUAGAAGAUGUCGCCAAGUUUGCGCAUUUUGACCAAUUGAGCUUUCUGUGCGAGCAACAAUCUUUAUUGAAACGGCAACGUCACUAUGCCCGAGAGAAUAGCCGUCUGCUGGAGUUCUACGAGCACUAUCCGGUCCUAUGGCACAAUGCACACAAGCGGGUCCGAUGUGCGAAGACCGUACGUCAGCGGCAUGACGCUCUUCUGGGUCUCCAGAUGGCAUUGCGACUUUCGGGAAUUUGCCUGUCGCCCGUGGUUAUCCAGCGACGGUUGCAAUCGCUGCGAAAGCGAUAUCGGCUGGAAAAGAUAAGCUAUCUGCAAAGUGUGGUGGAGGGAAAGCAGGAUGAGUUUGUAUCGGAAUUCGAGCACUACGCAGAAAUGGAGUUCCUGCACAAGCACAUCGACCCUUAUGUGUGUGCUGUGUGUGGAAAAAUUUUUGAGAACCUGGUAGGUCACCAGACCCAUGUCCAGAGCAGCUGUGAGGUGAUAAAAAUGGUUAAAGCUAAGGAACCCCUUAUGGACACUCAGUUAAUGGAAAAUUCUUUUGGGAAUAGGUUGUGUACCAUAGGUGUUAAAUAUCGCCGUGUGCCAAGCCUGGCGGAGGCCUGUGCGGCUGCACAUUUGGAAGAUUCAAACGAUCUAGAUACCUCUAUAAACAUCAUUGAUAAUGAUCUAGCAGAGGAGAGACUUCCACUUCGUUUGACUAUUCCAGAAGCUCAAGACCUAAUUCGCCUGUAUCGAUCUCAUGUGUGUCUCUGGGAUCCGAAUCACCUGGACUACCACUCCCGCAAACAGCGUAGACUGGCCUGGCAAACCAUAACGGAGAAGCUGAAGUCUAAGGCCGGGCAGCGCCUCUCCUGGCAAACGUUACACCGCAAAAUCACUGAUUUCACCAAGUACUACCGCAAAGAGAGACAAAGGAAAUUCAAGGAAAAGGACAUUAAUUCAAAUUGGAAUCUGUUUGAUGAGUUUCACUUCCUGGAUGAUGUACUGCCCAUCAGCAGCGAGAUUCAGAAGAACGGGAAACAACGGGAUAGCAACCUGAAGAUCAUCACCGUUUAUCAGGGCUAUGCGCAGCUCUGGUGCACAGAUCACCCGGAUUAUACAAAGCGUCGGCAGCGUCAGAGGCACCUGGAAUCCUUGUGCACUAGACUGCAGGAGGAGUGCAAUCUGCAGAUGACGUUGGAGCGUUUAAAGAGUCGGCUCAUAGAAUUUCGCUGCCAGUAUCGCCACUGCAAGGAGGCCCGAAUGGCAGCCGAGAACAAAUCGGAACCGUGGACCCCUAACUAUGAAUUCUAUGAACCGCUGCGUUUCCUGGAGCUGCAUGUUGCGCCCUUUCAGUGUCCCAGGUGUCCAGAUUCCUUCAAACGACGAACGGAUUACCUACAGCACGAGCGGAAAGUCCAUGGCGAUUCUGAAAAGUCCUUGGACGGCGAUUUUUACUACUUGCGGCGACGUAAAAACAGGAAACUAAACGAGGAGGAUGAUCUGCAGCAGGAUCAGAACCUGGCCCAUAUAUGCCAUAUUUGUGGACUAAAGUUUUCGCAAAGGAACAGCCUAUUAGCGCAUCUCCGUCGACAUUUGGGCCAAAGAACCCACGUUUGUACUGACUGCCCUAAGAAGUUUUUUAGCUCGACGGCUUUGCGGGUCCAUCAGAGGAGUCACACCAAGGAACUGCCCUACGUGUGUGAGCAUUGCGCCCGAGGAUUCGUGAAUGCCAGCAAGUUAAAUCAGCAUGUCAAGCGACACAGAAACCAGCGGGACUUUUCAUGCCAUAGAUGCGACAAGGCGUUUUAUACCGCCCACGAGAGGGACCGUCACUUGCGUGCUCAUCUAAAUAUUCGGGACAAGGUGUGUCCAUACUGUUCACGGGCAUUUGUUGUGGGCAGUGCCUACUACGCCCAUCUAAACCUCCAUCGCUCCGAGAAGCGCUACGCAUGCGAAGCCUGCGGCAAGAGGUUCGCCCAAUAUUCUGGACUAUACAAACACCGUAGGCGAUGCCUACCAGCUGAAGUUAUGGAGGAGUGACUCUUAUGUCUACAUUCUCCCUUAACAUUUGCAAGAAGUUCAUUAAUUUAUCUUUAUCAUGUAUUUUACCAUUUAUGUAUUUGUUAUGUUUCUAGCAUUAAGAAUAUGUUUAAGUAUACAGAUGUUUUAUUGUUUAUUGUACUUAAAUUUUUCUGUACCCAAAUUAAUAUGUAUUAUCCAAAAAUGCACU